AUGGCGACGAAGGGCUCACUCAAAACGCCAAAAGGAACCCGCGAUUGGGUCGGUGGAGAUCUGCUCCUGCGAGAUGAUAUCUUCACCGUUCUCGAACGCCAUGGCGGCAUCGCCCUAGACACACCCGUCUUCGAGCUCCGCAGCAUACUCUCCGAGAAAUACGGCGAAGAGUCCCGCCUGAUCUACAACCUCGAGGACCAGGGCGGCGAGGCGUGCUCACUACGCUACGACCUCACUGUCCCCUUCGCGCGCUGGCUCUCCAUGCGCAGCGAUGUCCAGCACAUCAAGCGCUACCAGAUCGCCAAGGUCUACCGCCGCGACCAGCCCGCCAUCGCCCGCGGCCGUCUGCGCGAGUUCUACCAGUGCGAUUUUGACAUUGCUGGUGUAUAUGACCCCAUGAUCCCGGACGCUGAGAUACUGUGCAUCAUUGCCGAGGUCUUUGAGGCCUUCAAGAUCGGGGUGGCCAUCAAGCUCAACCACCGCAAGAUCCUCGAUGGCCUGUUUGCGGUGGCGGGUGUGCCAGGUGACAAGAUACGCGCGACAAGCUCCGCUGUGGACAAGCUAGACAAGGCGCCGUGGGAUGAGGUUAGGAAGGAGUUGCUCGAUAAGGGCCUCUUGGAGGAGGUUGCGGACCGUGUGGGUGGCUAUGUGCAGCGCAGCGGCGGCAUGCGCGAGAUGCUGGAGAGUCUUGGAUCGGACGCCGAGCUCAGCGCGAACGCGACUUUGAUCGAGGGUGUCACAGACAUGAAGUUGCUCGCGUCAUAUCUCGAGGCCAUGGACGUCAUCGACAAGGUCUCGUUUGACCUGUCGCUCGCGAGGGGCCUUGACUACUACACGGGCCUGAUUUACGAGGUCGUCGUCGUCGUCGCGGACAGCGCCAGCCCGCCCACCCAGGUUGGUAGUAUCGCCGCGGGUGGGCGUUACGACGAUCUGGUGGGCAUGUACGGCCGGCGUCCCUUGCCAUGCGUCGGUAUAUCGUUUGGGGUAGACCGGAUCUUUACCAUCCUCGACGCGCGCCGAAACAAGAAGAGCACCUCCGACCUAGCGGGCCAAGCACAAGUGUACAUCAUGGCGUUCGGGGGCAAGGAGUUUGACGGGCUCCUCCUCGAACGCAUGCGCGUGGCUCGCCAGCUGUGGGCCGCAGGUAUACGCGCCGAGUUCGCCGCCAAAGUCAAGCCCAAGCCGCUGCAACAAUUUAACGCGUCCGAGGGCGUGCCCGUUGCCGUCAUGCUAGGGCAGGAUGAGCUGGAAGCCGGGCAGCUGCGGGUGAAGUGCCUCCACGUAGGGGAUAAGAACGCGGCGCAGAAGGAUAAGGGGCAGCUCGUGCCGAGGGGGAAUCUUGUGGAAGAAGUGAAAAGGUUAUUGGCUUCAACUAUAGCGGAGAAGGAAUAG